AUGAGUGAUAAUGACCUUAUCGAAUUUUCUAACCUAAGCUCCAGUGUAAAAAUAUGUUCAGAUUGUGGUAGCCAGAGAAAUAAAGAAGAAUGUUGUUAUUUAUAUAAAGGUAAUCCACAAUACAAACAUGCAACAUGUAAUCUAUGCCAUCUCAGAUGUAAGAAUGCGCGAACAAAGAUGAAUCCACUAACAAGAAAAAAAACAAAAAUUGAAGCUAGCUUAAAUAUACCAAUGCAAAGUGUUAGUACCACAGUGACUCAAACAAAUAUCAAUUCUAGCCGAUCUCUUUCUGACCUCGUAGAUCUUGAAUUAGAUGAUAGUGUUCCUCCUCAAGAGCU